GGAACCACACGCUACUACUAUACAAUACAAAAACAUGAACUGAUGAACAAUCUACUGCUUUAACUGGGAAUUAACUGUCUGCUUAUAAAAUGCUGAGAAAAAGGUCUCCACAUUACUGAGUGAGGUACAUGUAAACCAGGUCUAAAAAAAAACAGAGUAAGUUAGGCGAUAGAGAGAGAAAGAUGUCGGGCUGUCUGGAUGGAGUGGAGUGCAGCCGACCGGAGUGGUGUGAACUUGGAGAAAAGCGGAAUGCAGUGGUGUCUGUCUUAUCUGGUAUACUGUUUUUUGCAGGUUGGUGGAUUGCAAUUGAUGCAGCAGCUUUCUACCCAGAGCAGGUCAAACUUAAUAAGGAAUACCAUAUCUGUGGUGUGGUGUCAACGAUAGCUUUUUUUAUGGUUAAUGCAGUUUCUGCUGGUCAAGUUCGAGGUGACUCCUACAGUACUGGAUGUAUUGGGCAAACAGGAGCGCGUGUUUGGUUGUUCAUUGGAUUUCUGAUGGCAUUUGCAGGUCUCAUCGCCGCCAGCUGGAUACUCUUUGGAGCGUAUGUUGUCAACCCUGACCCAAAAGUAGAUGGGGAUCCUUAUCCAGGAGUUGCAAUUUUUCUCCAAAAUUUCCUCAUAUUUAUGUCAGGAAUAGUCUUCAAGUUUGGCAGAACGGAAGAAUUAUGGGAGUGAACGACAGCGUCUUGUAACAUAUCAUUUUUUUGUGGUGUAUUUGUAAGUGUUUUUGUUUUUAUUUUUUUAUAAAUAUUUAGGUCUAAGGCCUUCCAAUUGUCACGCUUUGGCCAUGUUCUCGUCCCAUUCAGAUCGGGAAGGUAAAAAAAUAGUCAGACCCCUAGUUUGUCAAAUUAAACUUAGUAGUCAUUGCCGUGCACUGCAGGGGACAAGACGAGGAUGGUGGUGACAUGAUUAUAAUAAUAUAAUAAUUAUUAUUGCUUUUAAGCGCCUGGCGUCUAUGACUGGAACCCAAGGCGCUGUACAAUUUAAAAUAGUAGGACUCACGAGGCAGAAAUAAACAAAGAGCAUCUAUACAAGAUUUCUUAAAAUAUAAACCACAUAAAUGCACCAGCAAGUAAUUAAAACCACACAACACAAAAGUUAAAAAAGUUAUGAUAAAGGCUGUAUGUAAGGUUUUAUUCAGGAUUUGGUACAGGGCUGUCCCAAUUUGCUGGAAAUCUAAAAACUGGUUGUCCAAAUUGUUCACUUACAAUACAAAUACAUAUCAAUAUAAACCACAAGGGAAACUGACUGGGUAAAUUCGUA